AUGAAUGAUACCGGAUGCUGGAACAAUGAUGAGGAUUUAUCCGGAGGUCAUGGAGUAGGUUAUUUUCAACCCGCUGGUCCAUUGAUACAUCAUCACGCAUCAAAUUCUGGUCCCGGUAAAAGUGGUGGAAACAUAACAAAUUUGGAUUCGGGAAACGCUAGCGAAUCUCAAACGCCGACGUCGGCAAGCGAAGAACCUUCCGAACCUUCCGGAAGAAGCGGGAGCACAUCUGCACCGCCUCAACAGGCCCCACCCCCACCUCCUCCGGCGGCUCAUCAUAUGGGAUAUCCUCGGGGUUAUCCAUCUUAUCAAAGCGGUUAUUAUCAGGGAAGUUAUUAUCCUCCUCCACCGCCGCAAUCGGCUCAUUAUCAACCUCCGCCUCCUCCUCCUCCCCCGCCGCCGCCGAGUUUUCAUCAACAUUAUCAUCAUCACCAGGAUUUGUGUUAUCCGCCUGGAUAUCCUCCGUCGGCUUAUCCUCCGCCUCCGGGUUCGUAUAGGCGGCUUCUUCAACCUCCUCCGAGUUAUUAUUCGCCAGAACUGACAUAUGGUUCGUCCGGACCUUCACCAUCUCAAGAUCAUGGAAGUCAGCAAAUGGUAGUUCCCGGUGGUGCGUCAAGCAGUUAUUCGACACCUUUGGACCCAUAUCCGCAUCCAUACUAUCCGGGAUAUUCUCCUGGACCCGGUCCUGCUUGUUAUAACAAUCCACCGUCGUCUAGGAAUUUAGCUUUCAUAGAGCAAACAUAUCAAAGUUGUCCUUGUCCAAUGCAGCUGUGUCCAAAAAACGUCCAUAUUGGGCCUCUUACUGGAGAGUGUAAGAGGCCCGGAGCUUUGCCUCUUCCUCCUGUGGUUCUUCAAUUGCCACAGGAGCCCCCCGGUGCCGCGGGUCCUCCGAGUCCGGCUCGGGGUUCGGCGGGAAUGCCUCCUCAACCGAGUCCUAUCACUCAUUCGGCACGUCCGAACUGGGAUGGUAAAACGAUGAAAACGAUAUCAGACAUCAAAUGGGAGGGAUCGCAAACGGGACAGGAUUUGAAACCGGUCAAAUACAAAACGGACAUUGUUAAGUGUUUAAAUGAUGGAGAAGUCAAAGAUUUGUCAAUUAGCAGAAAUUACGGGAACGCGGAAUCGUCGGGUAAAAGUUCAAAGGUCGUAGUGGCGUCGUCGGCGACGUGGAAUCACGCGGGGAGUCAAAGGAAAAAUGAAAAGAAACCGAUCGAACGUUGUUUGACAACACAAGGAGGUUUGUUAGCCAUAAGUUCUCAAGAAUUUUUACCGAUGUUGAGUAAGAAACAACAACAAAAUUUGCCGAUCAUAGCCGAAUGCAUCGAGGAAAGGAAAAAGAUAAAAUGCGGAAUGUUUAUGACGCCACCGCCGACGACGACGACGACAACGACGACGACGAUCGGCGUCGAAUCCUUUAAGAUAAUUGAAAAUGGUGUUUGUGGUAAAAAAAAUUUUUUGCAAGAAACCAUGGAUCUCUCUCCGAAUCGAAUAAAAAUAAACGGUACGAAAAUAGAUGAAAUAUUAGUUGAUAACAUAGAAGAAACCUGCGGCGGUAAAAAGAAAAAGAGAAAAGCGGAAAGUGUUAAUAAAAGUGAAAACGUUGAAAACAAAGUGCGUAAAGUUCACGAGAAUGGAGAAAGCGGACUGGAAAAAGACGAAAACUCUUGUGAUAGUCGUCGUCACGUCGUCGCGAGGGGGGAACAUCAGAAAAAUCAAAAUAAAAAUUUCACGUGUCCCAAAGGGAAAUUGUUGAAAGACAGAAACGAAACCGUGAGUGAAAACGUCAUCGUCAAAGGCCCGUGUAAAAAAGAAAAGAAAAAGCCAGCAGAAGAAAAUUGCAAGUUGGAAGCGUAUAAGGUCGUAAAGAGAAGGAAAUCGCAUCAGGAGAGAACGGCGACGGGUUACGAAGACGUUCAGGGAAAAAGAAAAUCGAAAUCGUGUUCGCCGAACAGGAGAACGAAAUCAUCGGAACGACAUCAUUUGACGGAUAAGGAAACGAAAUCUGAAGAUUCCAGGAAAAAGUUACAGGAUGUCGUCGUUAAAAACUCCAAAGGAAAGGGAAUAUUUGAACAUUCCAAAACGGGCACGACGACGACGACGACGACGGUGGCGGCAGCGGCGGCGACGGGUGGAAAGAAAAAAGUCGGUUCGAAUCCGACGAAAAACGGUCAAAGACAGUUGAGCAUUUUAAACAAGAGCGUGCAACAGAGUAAAAAUAAGAAGACGUCAAAGUCGGACUACAGGUUAGCCGUCGUCGUGGUAAAAAAAUUUACGUCGAAAAAAUCGACGGUGACGACAUCGCCGAGAACUGGUAUCACACCGAAAUGGUCGAACGGAUGGUCCUGGGACAGCGAAUCCUUUAAUGCCAAAGUUUAUUUAACGAAUGAUGAACCUCCAGUUAUGAGAAAAUGUUACACGGCCAUGAGACACGUCGAAGGUGACGUCAUUCAUCCAAAGGACUGCAUUCUUCUGAAGGCCGGACCCAGAAGGAUCGAUUUGCCUUUUGUUGCCAAAGUUGCCGCACUCUGGGAGAAUCCAGACGAUGGUGAAAUGAUGGUCUCGCUUUUGUGGUACUACAGACCGGAGCACACCGAUCAGGGUCGACAACCCUCGGAUCAACAAGAUGAAAUUUUCGCAUCACGACACAAAGACAUAAAUUCAGUUGCCUGCAUCGAAGAUAAAUGUUUUGUUUUAACUUAUAACGAAUAUUGCAGAUACCGUAAAAACGUGAAGAGGGUCGAGGAUGGAGUUCCGGAAAAACCUUUGCCCGUUCCAGGGCUGGAACAACCUUAUUUCAGGUAUCAAAGGCAACCGCCCUGCAUAAUGGCGCCCGACAUGGUUUUCUUUUGCCGAAGAGUUUACGAUUUCCGACAGAAAAGAUUAUUGAAAAAUCCAACGUGA